AUGACGGUCGUUCUACAAUGCUAUGAUACUACUUUACGGCCUAGAGGUUCGAAUGUAGUAUUUGUUGGAAACAUACCGUAUGAAUUAACCGAGGAACAGUUAACUGAAGUAUUUAAAGAAGUCGGGCCCGUAGUUUCUUUUCGUUUGGUAUUUGAUAGAGAGAGUGGAAGACCACGAGGAUAUGGUUUCUGUGAAUAUCAUGAUGCAGAAACAGCAGCAAGUGCAGUUAGAAAUUUGAAUAAUGUAGAAGUUGGUGGUCGUCAACUAAGGGUUGAUUAUGCCGACGGAGAUCCAGCAGUUAAUCCUACAACAAAUAUACAAACGGAUAGAUCAAGUGUAGAAAAAUCAACACCUGUUUCAACCCAACAAACGAUUACCCCUCAAGUUACAAUGUCUCCAGCCCAACUUCUUGAGAUCUUAUCUACAAUGAAGUUAUAUAUUCAAACACAUCAAGAACAAGCACGCGUGUUAUUAGCACAAAAUCCUCAAUUAUCAUAUGCAUUAUUUCAAGCAAUGAUACAGCACAAUUUUGUUGAUCCAGGAAUAUUACCGAGAAUUUUAUUACAUAAUACAUCACAAGCACAACAAGUUCAACCAUCUUCUGUACAAAAUCCACCACCAAUAGUUCCAGGUACAAAUUAUGUACCUCCCAAUCAACUCUUGCUUCAAGUUCUUAAUCUUCCUCAACAAACAAUUGACAUGUUGCCACCAGAACAACGUAAUCACGUAUUGGCUUUGAAACAGCAACUUUUACUUCAAACCAGGCAGUCAUAA